UUGCUGGCCUUUCGCGGCGUAUCGAGUUCGAGUUCCCCUGAGUAUUGUUGUUUGUGCCGCGUGCGCGCGUCUGAAAAACGGCAGCCAGCAUUCAUUUGUUCCGCUAUAAACUACUAAAAAUCGGGCGUCAAUAGCAGCGGCUCAUCUUCCGUUCAUAUUGGCCUUUGUUGUUUGUAUGCAAAGGCAAGGUUGCUGCUUGCAUUUUGGCGUCGUUGCAGCUCGAUUUCUAAGUAACUAAAUGCAACACUUCUAUUCGAGAAAAGCAGAAGGUUUAAGAAAAUUGUUAAUGUUUAUGAAAAAGUAAAAAUUUGAAAAAUUCCAAUGACUAUGCAAGGCAAACAACAACAAUUCUAAAGCAAACAACGAACGAGACGCAAAACAUGAAAAGUUCCAAAAAAUGUAAAAAACCCGCAAAAUGUGAAAAAAAUAAGAAAUCAAUUCAUGCCAAUAAAUCGUGUUAAAUAAAUAAAAUUAAAAAAAAACGAAAUGCAAAACUACAGGCGAAAAAAUGUGAAGUCAGAAAAGAAACAAAUAAAUGAAUUAUAGAAAGUGAAAAAAGUGCGCUUGUUAAGCGAAUGUGGCUGAAAAAGAUUGCAACAGCAGAUACUGAAAAAAGGCGGAGUGGCGGGGCAAUAACAACAAUAAUAAAAGCAAAGCUAUCAAUACAACAAUAACAACAGAAAAACAGAAAAGGUAGUCGCAGCCUUAGAAGCUGCAAAGUGCAUUGAGGCGAGGCCUCCGUCAAGUAAGAACAAACAGCAGAGUUCGCCCAAAGACACUGGCAAGAGUGGAAACAGUUGAAGUGAAGUGUAAAAGCAAAAUCUGAGAAGUGCAAGCAUUUAUUUGUGUCUUUUUGGUUUUCGUAAAACAGCAGCAGGAGUAGCAGCAGCCGCGCCUAACUGUGAGGCGCUAAGGAUCGGCAGUGUCGCAGCGAAAACGUAGUCAAAACGGCGACCAUAACGAAUUCCUCGGCGAUAGCGAUGAGCCAACUGGGCACCGUCUACGCGACGAAGCGUAGGCGACGCAAUGGCAAAAGUUUAAAGCCGCCGCCCAAGGACGGCGUCACCAAAAGUAAUCCAUCGAAACGUCAUCGCGAACGCCUCAACGCCGAAUUGGAUUUACUGGCGUCGUUGCUGCCAUUCGAACAAAAUAUUCUCAGCAAAUUGGAUCGACUGAGCAUUUUAAGGCUGUCUGUUAGUUAUUUAAGAACAAAAAGUUACUUUCAAGUUGUUAUGCAUAAGGAUAAGGAGGAAAACGGCAUGUUGCCACACAUACACACACACGCACAUGAUGGCUAUCGAACGCGCGAAUUGGGCGCCUUCGAACAUGGCUUACUCGACGGUGAUAUGUUCCUGCAGGCCUUAAAUGGAUUUCUAAUGAUUCUGACAUGCGAAGGCGAGGUCUUCUUUGCCACGCACAGCAUCGAGAGCUAUUUGGGUUUUCAUCAGUCGGACAUCGUGCAUCAGUCCGUUUACGAACUAGUCCAUUCCGAAGAUCGUGAAGAGCUGCAGCGACAGUUGUUGUGGAACUCUUUCCUACCCGCCGAUAUGUCCACCAUACAGUUGACCGAUACGUUAGCGCCCGAUAAGGCGCUCUAUCUGGAGCGUAGCUUCACUGUGCGAUUUCGUUGCUUGCUCGAUAACACUUCCGGCUUUCUGCGGCUAGACAUACGUGGACGCAUCAAGAUUCUACAUGGUCAAAAUCGCAAAACAGAGGAGCCGCCACUGGCAUUGUUUGCCUAUUGCACACCCUUCGGACCGCCCAGUCUACUAGAGAUACCGCACAAGGAGAAUAUGUUCAAGUCAAAGCAUAAAUUGGAUUUCUCACUUGUCUCCAUGGAUCAACGGGGUAAGCACGUUUUGGGUUACUCGGAUGCAGAACUAGUCAAUAUGGGCGGCUACGAUUUGGUGCACUACGAUGACUUGGCUUACGUGGCCAGUGCGCAUCAGGAAUUACUGAAAACGGGUGCUUCCGGAAUGAUCGCAUACCGAUAUCAAAAGAAGAAUGGCGAAUGGCAAUGGCUGCAAACGAGCUCCCGCCUAGUCUACAAAAAUUCCAAACCCGACUUUGUGAUCUGCACACAUCGGCAGCUGAUGGACGAGGAGGGACACGAUUUGUUUGGCAAACGUACAAUGGACUUCAAAGUGAGUUACUUGGAUACCGGCCUGGCAUCUACCUACUUCUCAGAGGCAGAUCAGUUAGUGGUGCCGCCAAGUACUUCACCAAAUGUGCUGCCUCCGCCAGUCACACCAACGCGGCCAAAUCGACGCUAUAAAACACAACUGCGUGACUUUCUCUCCACUUGUCGGACGAAACGUAAAAUGCAGCAGCAACCACAACAGACAUCGCCGCUAGGGCAGGUCACCUCGCCUGCGCCCGUAGUCGAAUACCUGCCUGACCCCGCUGUGGCUGUCGCCGCCGCCUAUUCCAAUUUGAAUCCCAUGUACACCACCUCGCCCUAUGCGACAGCCGCGGAUAACAUCUACAUGGGCACCUCAGUGCAUUCGACCAAUUUCUAUCCCGUUACCGAGAAUCUCUUCCAUCAGUAUCGACUGCAGGGCGUGAGCAGCUACUACACGGACUAUCACCAUUCCGGUGCGCCCACUUCAGCUUAUGUGACAAAUGGCUUCCUGCCCUACGAUGGCUAUACGAUUGCGCCUAAAGACGACAAGUGGCAGGAUACGGGGAAAUAUUAUAGCGGCUAUAGUAGCGGGUAUGGCAGUCCCACAUCGACGCCACAGCAAGUUCCACUGAAGACGCCGAAAUCUUCACCGCACGUCAUGGAAGUGGUGUCAUGUUCAUCAGAUGGACCCUCACCAAUAGAUGGCAGCGCUGCUGCUGCUGCCGCCGCCGCCGCCGCUGCUGCCUCUGCGCAUGCGGCCAAUGCGAACAGCAAUGCGAAUGUAACAACGAAUGGUGGUAAUGGCGGUGGUGGCGGCAGUGUAACGCCAAAACUCGAAAUGGCGCCAACACAACAGGAUCCCUACGAGCGGCAGACGGUAUUGAUGUGGGGUUCACAGUCCAGUGGCAUACCGAUAAACAGCAUCGGCGGCGGCAGCAGUAGACGCCACCAUAGCAACGCCGAACGAUCGCCACAGAGUACGCCACUCACCAAUGGACUCAGCUAUGCCAAUAAUAACAACAAUAACGAAAAUGAGGUGGUGAGCGCAAAGUGGAAUGGCAGCGCAAGCGCCAAAGAAAGCAAAAAUGCCGCCACUCCAGAUAAUUAUCAACUCCAGCACGAUGACUCUGGUCUAUAUUCUUCUUCCUCGCACACAACUUCGCCGCAGCAGCAGCAGCAGCAGGUGGCACCUCCAACCCAACAACAAUCAACACGAUCAACACAACGUCCCAGCGGCAACUCGGUGGCUGAUCAACAACUUUCUAAUACCACUGCCACGCACUUGACGCACCCGCAAUCCCAACAGCACCACCUACACACCCAUGCGCAUGGUCACGGUCAUAUGCAGCACGCGGGUGGUGGAAGUGUCAGUGCCUCCAAUGCCCCCUCUGCCAUCAUACCGCUGCACAUGCACUCAGCGUCAGCAGACGUAGAUUCAGCGCCAGCGCCCGCAUCAGCAACCGCGGUAGCGGCGGCGGCGGCAGCAGCUGCAGCUGCGUCAGCAGCACAUCAACACGCACAAUCACAGCACGCAGCGGCGGCGGCAGCUCACCAUCACGCUCAUCAUCAUGCCCAUGCGCACGCCCAUACGCAUGCACAUGCGGCACACGCGCACGCGCAUGCUCACGCUCACUCUCAUCACCAUCACCAUCACGCGCAUGCGCAUGCGCACGCUGCUCAUGUAGCAGCGAAUGGCAGCGAGGUAUGGAGUCCUGCAUACUCGCAAUACUCGCAUUCGUAUUUCACUUAUCACCAUCAUCACCAUCACCAUGCCACCAACAACACAAUCAGCACUGCAAAUUCUGCUUCUCCUUCUAAUUCUUCCAACAAUGCACACGGCUCACAUGUUGUGGCGGCUGCAGCUACUACGCAGCAUGCCGGAGGCGCUUUGUGAGCUUAGUUACUAGAGAAUCCACAUUUUAAGUUAUAGAAGAGAUUAGAUUCAUUGAAAUGUAAAUGUAGUUUGGAGGCGAGACAAAGGCGACAACAUAAAAUUGGCACUUAUUUUGGAAGACUUUUCUCGUACUUGCUUCUGCAUUGACCUUCCCAAUCCUGUGCAAAGUACUGUGAGAAUACCUCCCUUAGCCUGCUGAGGGGCCAUAUCGAUCAGAAAAACCUUUUCUAUUAUUUGAUGUUGAUGUACGAAGAUUCGAACCUACGCACUCCCGAAUGGUAGUCAUACACGAACCCAUUCUACUGGCCGUCGCCCUUCGGCAGGCAGUGGCAAGCUCCUCAUAAAAACCAUUUGUCAUUCGGAGUCGGCUUCAAACUGUAGGUCCCUCCAUUUGUAGAGUAAAAUCAAGACGAACACCACAAAUAGGAGGAGGAGCUCGUCCAAACAGCUAACAGAAGUGUACUCGCCAAUUAUUUAUUUAUUUUUUAUUUAACUUGCAUUAGCCUUAGCUAUUCAUUCUUAAGUUUCUUCUUGAUGAUUUCUUGUCCCAAAUCAAGGAAGGGCCCGUGUCCUUUUGGUAACGAGGUCGCAGCCUCUCUGUGUACUGGAACCCAAAUGAGUUACUCAAGGACCAGUGAGAACUUAUCCUCACAGGAUGGCAGUGCCUUGGAUAUCGUCUGGCUGUCACUAAGAACGGCAAUUCGCUCAUUCCAGAGUUUCCUGCCUAAAUUCAUCCGUGCACAUAGACUGACGGCAUACACCAUCGCUGGGAAGUGGCUUGGAAACCUACCCAGUGGCACAGAACGAUUUGUUCAGUGGCCAUAUAUUCCAGCGAUUAUGCCUUCUGUUAUCCUCGAGCCAUUUGUAUACUAGUGCAGGAUACACUCUUCGAGUUUUCUUUCAAGUGCAGGUGCUCUCCAGUUUACUUUAUCAUCCAGUUCAAUGCUGAGCUUCUUCUCGAAUUUACUGACUUUGGUGUUAUCAUUCUCGGUUGGCUAGGCAAGUGGGAGCUGCAGGCUCAGUGGGGUAGUUGACACGCAAGUAUUCUCACUCCAGCACUCUGCGUCAAUUAAUUGCCAAUUUUGUGUUGCUUGCUUAUUUUCUUAGUAAUUAGUGAUUAAUUUCAGCACUUGAACCACUUUUCUGACUUCUGCAAAAUGAAAAAAAUAUUUUUAGAUUUUUUAAAUAAAUUGU